UCUUCUAAAGGCAGUUUGAAUUUUUUGUCGCGUUUCACCUGAUGAAACUCGUAUCUGUUACUGUUUGUGUUGGAAGUUGAUGUAGCAUAAGAAGAUACUGUCUAAUAAGGAAGACAAUUUAGUUUAAAAUCCCUUUGAGAUAAAGGGUCAACCAAGAUGACAAACGUGGGUACUAAGGCUCUUCUCAGCUGGGUCAAUAGUAUCACUGCAUUGAAAAGCGAGAUACAGAUCGAUGAUUUACAGGAUGGGGUGGUCCUGGUGAAACUGAUUCAUGUACUGAAAAAGAGGGAAAUCCCCUGUUUCAGUGAUUCUUUUGAGGAUCGGGUUCGUUUCAUUAGAGAGUUCCUGGAAGUAGCGUGCAAGUUUAACCCAACUAAAGGCACCCCUAUAUCAUGGGACAGCAUAAAAGACGGAAAGAACCUAACGGUGGAAAUUUCAAAGGUGCUUUUGUUGCUGUUUUAUCAUGACAUGAUGAAUGAUCGCCACACGCUUAGUGAACUGGAUUGUGAUGCAGAACAUGAGCUUGCCAACAUGACCGACUGUUAUGUGAGUGAGAAAGAAGGUUGUGUUUAUCUGAACAAAACACUGGACACAUACUUGACAAGGAAAUAUCUGCCUGUAUCUCCACAAAUCUUUCAAAAUUCAUCAUCCAACUCCACUUCCACCUCCAAUCUGUCCACCAUUUCCUCGGUCUCAGACAAUGAGUCUCCAGUCUUUCUGCGUACACAGAAGGUCAACUUUGUUGAUCUGGAAACGGUGGCUUCCUCCUCUGUCAGCAAAUCUCCUCUGGCUGAGGUCAUGAAUACACCUAAGUUUCAGAUGAGAAAAAUGCGAAGACAGAUGAUCAAAGACAGAGAAUACAGAGAUGAUUUGGAGAAGCAGCUAACCAGCACAGUUGCACUAAUUACCCAGAAAGAAUCUUAUAUCAACCAGUUGCAGUACCGCCUAGAUAAGGUGAACAUGGAACAAAGAAAUCAGGAGCAGACAAUCACCGAACAAAUCACUGAGCUUGAGGCCAAAAACAACUCGUUACAAUUGCGCCUUAACGAGCUGCUAAAGGAAAACAAAGAUUUGAAGAGUACCUCUAUUUAUAUGGAGCGGAAGGUGGAUGAACUUACAGGAGAAAAUGGUGAUCUCUCCUUCCAGAUGAGAGCUUUGUGUUCCAAGUUGGCCGUCUUUGAAGCAGAAAACGGCCAGCUGACACAAGCUCAAGCGUCUGCUGAGGAGGAGUGGAGAAACAAAACAAGCCAUUUGCAAUCAGAACUCAACCAAGCAACCACACAAAAGGAACUCUUGUAUGACCAAGUUCAGAUCCUCCAAGGAAAAAUCUCCUGUUUAGAGGAAGAACUAAACAAAGCCAACAAAGAGGAAGUUGGGGAAAAUAUGGGUCCUAUAAUGGAGAGAGAAAUGUUGGAGACUGAAAUUAUCAGUCUGAAGAAUGAGCUUGAGGGCACACUUUGUUCCUUAAGAAAGGCAGAAGAACAGAUUCAUACCAUAACUCAGAAGUUGGCUGAAUGUGAGGAAGAAAUAACUCAGUAUAAAGAGCUACUUAAACAACAAAAGGCACAAACUGAACAAAUGAUUCAAGCCAAGGAUGAAAUUGUGGAGAAGCUGAGAAAACAUCUGGAUGAACAGAGGACGGUUCUUGAACAAGAAAUCAGUGAUCUGAAACUUCAGCUUGAGCAUGUUGAGCACCAGAAAACUGAGCAGAUGACCAAACUGCAACAACACAUUGAAGCUUGUGAACAGGAAAUAACAACAUUAAAAGACUUAAAGAGAGAGCAUGAAGAUCUUCUACAUCAGACUGAUGUACAGAUGAAGGAUCUGGAGAUGAAGCUGGAGGCUACUACCACUCUGUUAGCUGAUAGAGACCAACAAAUUUCCAACCUCAAAGAAGAAGUCAACUUGUUUGCAGAAGAAAGUAAAAUAAGCAAAGAUGAAAUUCAGUCCAAACAAGACACACUUGAUAAAUUACUAGAGGAAAAAUCACAUGAAGAAGAAAUUCUUCACAAUAAAAUCCAAACCUUAACAGUUUGUACGGAAGGCCUUAAUUCAUCCCUGAAACGGGCUCAGGAAGAAAUCCAUUUUAAACAGGAUCUGCUGGCUAAAACCCAGCAAGAGAAUGCUGAAGAAAAGAAAAUACUUCAGCAACAGAUUUUAAGCUGUCAGGAGGAGGUGCAGAGGCUAAAAGGAGAGAUUAGGCAAAAAACUGAGGAACUAGUCUCUCUCAAGAAUGCUAGCACUCAACAUUCUCUGUCUCUUCAGCAAGAGAUCAACAGCCUAAAAGUCCAAAUAGAAAAUCUUAAUGAUGCUUUGAGAAAAGCUGAGGAAGUAGUUCGGACCCAGCAGGGCUUGCUUACAAAACUGCAGGAAGAAACGUCUCGCCAAACGGAGCUUCUGCAGCAACAACUGUCUGCUUCUGAAGAGAAGGUAAAAAACCUAAACAAGUCAAUUCUAGCUAAGGAAGAUCGAAUGCGGCUGAUGGAAAUCGAAAGUUUGGAACAGGCUAAUGGUUUACAUCAAGAGAUAAAUGAUUUGAAGUCUCAGGUUGAAUGUCUUGAUUCCUCACUGAAAGCAGCUGAAGAGAACUUGCAAUGCAAGGAAAAUCAGUUUGCAGAACAGAAACAGCAGAACACUCAGCAAAUAGAAACCCUUCAAAUGCAGAUGAAUGUGUCUCAAGGUGAGAUAAAGAAGUUAAAAGGAGAGAUUGAGGCUAAAGAGGAGCAGAUGGUUCAGCUAAAGACGGAGAUGUCUACAAAAUCAAAGUCACUGCAGCAGGAGAUUGACACUCUAAGUGAGCAGUUGAAAAGCAUCUCCAGUUCUUUACAGAUUGCUGAAAACCAAAUUAAAGUCAAGGAAGACCUCUUAGCCAAACAAGAACAGGAAAGUUCUUUGCAGAUUGAAGAAUUAAGAAAACAUAGAACAGUUCUUGAGCAUGAGGUGAAUCAAUUGAAGCAAAACAUUCAAAUCAAAGAGGAUGAAGUCAGAAUGCUAAAAGAUGAUCACUGCAAGGAGUCGGGUGUCUUAAACAAUGAGAUCCAAACUCUGAAAGAUCAAGUCCAAUGUUUGAAUGAAUCCCUCAAGUCUACAACAGACCAACUGCUGGCUAAGGAUAAGCUGUUGGUUCAGAAGGAAAUGGAAAUUUCUCAGCAGAAGGAUUCACAUCAGAACAUCAUGGCCACUUCUGAAGAGGAGAAUCACAGACUUAAGGAAGUGAUCCAGGCCAACGAGGAACAGAUGGGACUCUUAAAAAGUCAUACUGCUGAGCAGACAGAUGUUUUACAUCAGGAGAUAAAUGAUUUGAAGUCUCAGGUUGAAUGUCUUAGUUCCUCAUUGAGGGCAGCUGAAGAGAACUUGCAGUCGAAGGAAAAUCAGUUUGCUGAACAGCAGCAACAGACCACUCAGCAAAUCGAAACCCUUCAAAUACAGAUGAAAGCAUCUCGAGAUGAGCUAAAGAAGCUGAAAGUAGAGGUUGAUGCUAAAGAGGAGCAGGUGGUUCAGCUAAAGACAGAGACGUCUACAAAAUCAGAGUCACUGCAGCAGGAGAUUGAUGCUUUAAAUGAGCAGAUUAAAAACAUCUCUAGUUCUCUGGAGAUUGCUGAAAACCAAAUUAAAGCCAAGGAAGAUCUCUUAGCCAAACAAGAACAGGAAAGUUCUUUGCAGAUUGAAGAAUUGAGAAAACACAGAACAGUUCUUGAGGAGGAGGUGAAUCAUCUGAAGCAAGAUAUUAAAUCUAAAGAGGAUGAAGUCCAAACAUUGAAGGCUGAUCACUGGAAGGAGUCGGAGGACUUAAACAUUAAGAUGCAAACUCUAAAGAAUCAGAUAGAAUGUUUGAAUGAAUCUCUACAGUCUGCAAUAUACCAGGUGUUGGCUAAAGAAAAACUGCUAGCUCAGAAAGACACUGAAAUUUCCCAGCAGAACGAUUCACUUCAAAACUUGAGGGCUGCUUCUGAGGAAGAAACAUCAAGGCUGAGGGAGGAGAUCCAAGCUAAACAAGAGCAACUUGUCAACCUUAAAGAAGAAGGUGCCACACAGUCGGAUAUGCUUCAGCAGGAAAUUAAAAGUUUGCAAACACAACUGGAUGAUAUGGCCAAAACAAAAAAAAUCAGUGAGGAAGAGCUGCAGACUCAGAAGGAGGUUCUUCAGCAACAACUGUCGGCUUUUGAGGAAGAACUGAGGAUGCUGAGAAGUGAGAGUCAAUCCAAGGAAGAACAGAUGGAGCUGCUGAAGGCUGAAAACGCAAAGCAGUUGAACUCGCUAAAUCAAGAGAUCGAAAGUUUAAACAAACAGGUGGAAACUCUCAGUGCCUUGAUGAGAAAGACGGAAGAAGAAAUCCACUCCCAUGAAGAUCUUUUGGCUAAGCAACAAAAAGAAAACGCAGAACAGAGUCAAGAACUUGAGAGCUUACAUGAGAAUGUCCAACAGUUAAAUAAACAGCUAGAACAACUUCACUCACAUGAAGAGGAGAUUGAAAAAUUAAAAGGAUCCCAGGCUGAGAAAGAAAAUGACCUCCUUGAAGCUGAAAGGAAGCUUCAGGAUCUGCAGGCAGAGUUGUCAGAAGCAAGGAUGCUCAUUGCUGACAAAGAUCAAAAUCUUAACACCUUGAAUCAGGAGGUUGUGCUUCAAGUUAGUUUGUUGCGAACAGCAAAAGAAGAGGCUGAGGCUAGUGAGAAAAUCGUGGCUGAGUUAAAGCUGGAGAACUCCAAGCAGAAAGAUGUUCUUCAAGAUGAGAUACAGGAGCUUAAAGGAGAGUUGGAAACAAUUUCUCAAAGACUUUGUGCCAAAGAGCAGAAAUUACUUGAAACUCAGCAGGAGUCUGCAGAGCUGGUGAACAAUCUCCAGCAGCAGCUUCUCUUGGUAAAGGCAGAGCUUGACAACCAAAAAGAGGCCCUAUCUGCAAGUCUUCAAACAAAAGACGCUGCUCAGGCCUUACAGUUGACCACGCUGAAGGAAAAGGAGGUUCUUUUACAAGAAAAAGAAGCACUCAUGUCCAAGAUAAUUCAAGUAGAGAGGGACCAAAGAGCUCUGGAGAAACGGGUUGAAGAUGCAGUCAUUGAGAAAGACAGGCUUGCUCAAGUCAAUCAGGCCAUGGAGAGGACAAAUGUUGCCUCUUGUAAAGUGGAGGCUGAUUUGCAAAAAGAGCUUGAAAUUCUGAAAAUGGCGAAAGAGCAACUUUUGAAGCGGAGAGAAAAAGCAGAAGAACUUGAGCUCAUCAAUGGAGAGCUGAAGCAACAACUUGCAGCGAAAACAGAGGCUGCUGAACACUACAAGGCUCAGAUGGAGAAAGCUGUAAGCCAUUACAACAGCAAGAAGCAGCUUCUCCAGAAAAGCGAAGAGGGAAACAUUGAGCUUAAACAGGCUCUAGAGGAUAAAGACAACAAACUCAAAGCAAUUCUCCAGGAUAAUCAGAUACUCCAUCUUGACUUGGAGAAAGUCCAGACCAAUGAGAAAAAACUCAAGGGUCAGGUCGCCAGUUUAGAGGCACAGCUGGCUUAUGCUGAUCAAGUCCUGAGAACACAGAAUAAGAUCCAUGGUGAUGGAGGUGGUCUGACAGAGUCUGCUUACCUAGAGGUUCCCAGGAAGACGCGCUUGGGUUUUAGCACUACAGCACAGGUGAAGAGGUCCAUGAGCUCGGACAGUCUGGACCAAAGCUCACUGGAGGACUCUCUUAACACUACAAGGAAACUGUCUGCACCUGGAGAAUCAAGCACUCCGCUAGUUCGAAGCUCAGAACGUUUGGCAGCCAAACGUCGGGGCCUUCAGGCAGAGUCACUGGAAACUCUGUAUUUUACACCCAUCAACACCAAACGAACUAGAAGGAAUGACAAACAAAGUGAUGAUUCUGAUAUAGAGCUGGACUCGACCCGAAAAAAUCCAACUUCAUCUGUAAAGAGACGCAGAACCACACAGGUCAUAAAUAUCACUAUGUCCAAGAAAACUCCAGGUUGCAGUGAAGAUGAGACCUUUUACAGCCUGCAUUCAGCUCGCUCCCAACCAAAUCUCACCGGUGCUCAUGCUGCACAACCCAUGUCUUUGGACAUGUUUAAUGCACCAGCUGACAAGACGAAAGCUGCCAGUGAUCAGCUCAUUGGCCUUCCAGGCUACAGACGGAGCGCUGUCCAUUCAUACAAUACCAGUACAUUCUGUGGGGGCGCAGAGAACGAGCCUGAUGGUGGGCCUGAGGAUUGGCUGAGGAUCGCAGAGCUGCAGGCCAGGAACAAGGCCUGCCUCCCGCAUCUGAAAAGUAGCUACCCUGUGGAGUCAGAGACUGGCCAGGGCAGUGCCUUAAUUUUCACGGACGAAGAGCUUCGCACUGGGGACCCAUCAGAUACAAUGAAACGGGCAUCCAUGAUGCCAGGCCAACUGCAGGACUCCCUGGUCUCCCAUCGCUACUCCCUCAUGGGCCACACGGGGGUUAGUACUCGGUCCCAUCGUCUGUCCUUGAUGCCAGGCCAGCUGCAAUCAAGACCAUCCCUCUCCUCUCAACUGAGAAGCCCAAAGAAUUCCAAGCAGUCAUCAUCCACAUUAUCUGUUCACCAGAUUUCACCUGAGAAAAAGACAAGAUCUAGCUGCUUCCCUCAUCCACUCACUCCCAAGAACAAGAAUGUGAGCAGGGGACCAUCCAGUUCUAAUCUUCACCCCAUCCCUAGUCCUGCCGAUCGUCGGCAGUCUAUGAUGUUCACGAUUGACAACACCCCAAAGAGCAACAACUACCUAAAGAAAGGGCUGAACAAACUGCGCAAUUCCGCUCGAAAAUCUCCUGGAAAAGUUCUGAGAAAGUCGCCGUCCCACAAAAAUGCUCGAAAGGGUCUGGAAAACUCCCUUUCAGUAAAUUCUCAAGCCUCAGUGGGACGAUCUGCGAAAGCUGGCAGCUUUAAGGCCCCACAGGUUGCAGCUCAGGCACAGAGAGGAUCUCAAGCCACUAGCAGGUCUGCAAAGUCUCCUGGACUCACUGCUAGUGCUCGCAAGAAGCAAGACUCUGUAAAGAAAGAGAAGGUUUUCUGAGACCCAAGAAGGUUAUGAGAAGGAUGAAGGUUUAAAGGCUUCAAGAGUGACCAUCAUUAUCAUCUACUCCUACUAUUUUUUUUUAUUUUUCUCUUCUUGCUUUUCACUAAAAGAUUUCAAUUUUUGUCCGUUAGGAUUCUGUUUUAAACUACCUUUUCUGAUAUGAUUUAAUAGACCAUUAAAAUGCCUGUAAAAUAAAGUAUAAUAAAAUGAAA